CUUAGGUGUGCCAAAAUGUCAGAAAGAUCAGAUAUUCUUCACUUCAAAUUUGACAAUUAUGGGGAUUCGAUGUUACAGAAAAUGAACAAACUAAGGGAAGAAAACAAAUUUUGUGAUGUCGUGGUCCACAUAGAUGACAUUGAAGUUUAUGGGCAUAAAAUUGUAUUUGCUGCCGGCUCUCCCUUCUUAAGAGAUCAAUUCUUAUUAAACGACUCUAGAGAGGUAAAAAUCUCCAUCCUGCAGAGUUCGGAAGUGGGGAGGCAGUUGCUUUUGUCCUGUUACAGCGGCAUUCUGGAGUUUCCUGAAAUGGAGCUGGUAAACUACCUGACUGCUGCAAGCUUCCUGCAGAUGAGCCAUAUUGUGGAGCGCUGCACGCAGGCGCUCUGGAAGUUUAUAAAGCCGAAGCAGCCGCUGGAGAGCAAGGAGGAGUGUGAACAGCAAAGCGACUCUUCAGAGUUGAAGGAGCAUCAAGAUGACGACUCUCUGCAACAAGAUUCGCCUUGUAUUCAGCCUUCAGAAGACAGUAUGGAUAUGGAGGACAGCGAUAUUCAGAUUAUCAAGGUGGAGUCUAUUGGGGAGGUAACAGACGUUAGGAAUAAGAAGGAUCAGAACAGAUUUAUUUCUUCUGAACAAACUGCAAUGCAUUCAUCAGAGCCUCAACACUUUCUAAUCAACUCCACUGUUGAAAACAGAACAAGCGAAAUGGAGCAAAACCACCUGCACAACUACGCCCUUUCAUAUGCUGGGAGUGAUAACAUCAUUCUGGCCUCUAAAGAUAUGUUUGGGCCUAACAACCGAGGUAUAGACAAAGGUCUGCAAUGGCACCAUCAGUGUCCAAAGUGCACAAGAGUAUUUCGGCAUUUGGAAAACUAUGCUAAUCAUUUAAAAAUGCAUAAACUAUUUAUGUGUCUUCUCUGUGGCAAGACAUUCACCCAGAAAGGCAACCUCCACCGGCAUAUGAGAGUACACGCAGGCAUCAAACCUUUCCAAUGUAAGAUCUGUGGGAAAACAUUCUCUCAGAAAUGUUCUUUACAGGACCAUCUCAACCUGCACAGUGGGGACAAGCCCCAUAAAUGUAACUACUGUGACAUGGUCUUUGCUCAUAAACCUGUUCUGAGGAAACAUCUUAAACAGCUGCAUGGUAAAAAUAGCUUUGACAAUGCCAAUGAAAGAAACGUUCAAGAUAUAACAGUGGACUUCGAUUCAUUCACAUGUAGCACUGCUACAGACAGUAAGGUCUGUCAGCAAGCUGAUGCAAGCCAGGUACUGGAUGCAGGGAAACUGCCUCAGGCUGUGCUAAGUUUAAGAAAUGACAGUACCUGCGUCAACUAAGCAAUUUAUAAACGUCCUCUGUAGGGCUCAUGAGAGAGAGGAGCAAACAGUUCGUCUGGGCUCUCACCUAAGCUAGUGGUGUGCCCUGCAAGGCUACGUUUGGAUGGAGGGUUGUAUUGCAAAUCCUGGCAGGGCUUCAGCCGUCGCUCGUAGUCUUACUUGAUACCUUCUGUGAAUAACAAUCUUCCUUCAGGUUUCUGUCUGUGUCUCUACUGUGGAUUAUGGGGUUAAUUGCUUCAUUUCUCUCUGAUUAGGAGACUCAAGACUAACACCUUUUGAAAGACUGUUCCUGUUGUCUGCAAGUAAACCAUCUGCUGUACAGUUAGAGGGCUCUCUGUGUCUGGGCAGAUGGAGGAAAAAGCAAAGAGGACAAGUCUGUGAGAUAACCCAGUUUUUUUGUUUUGUUUUUAAGCACUGGAUAACUGAAAGCACUCCAUAUAGUUAAAUACUAAUUUGUUCUAAACUUACCUGUUAAAAGUUACCUUUCUCAGUCUUACUCCUAGACCCCUACAGGUAAAAUGAAGUAUUUUUGUGUCAGUUUUUUGCCCUUUCUAAACUAUUUCAAGACUCCUGUUAUCACUGAACACUAUCUUAAAAGCUCUCAGGGUUUUUAACCUAUAUAUGCAUUAUAGAAAAAUAAAGCCCUGAAUCCUUUAGCAGGGUUAGUCGAUCAUUGCAUAGAAGUGUUUAAAAUGAGAAUAAAUUGCAGCUCUGGAAUGCAUGAGGCUGGCUGCCUAGAGUGCAGGUAUGACCUCCUUAUGCUGUCAUACCUAAGAUUAUCAAAGGGCACUUACCACU